AGAAACUUUCACUAGUGUCUGACCCCGAAAAAUACUUCGAUAUGUGUUUUUAUAUUUUUCUAUGUAUAAAUAAAUUAUUUUAUUGAAAAAUCUUUUGGGAGUAUAGGGGUAAUUCAAGAUGACCGUUUGCAAGAUUAUGUUAGAUACACCUGGUGUUUUAGGUCCAGGUAGUACGAUUUAUGGAAGAGUGGUUUGCGUCUUUUCUUCAACUGUUAAUAUUAGAGAAAUAAGAUGUAGAUUGCGAGGAAAAGAGUACACAACUGUUAGACAAGGAAAACAUACUUAUGAAGGACUAAAUGUAUUUCUUAAUAUGAUGCUCUGCCUUACUGGCGAAGGUACAAUACAAUCCGGCCAAUAUGAGUAUCGUUUCUCUUUCACAUUACCAAGACACAUACCAAGCACAUUUCAUGGAGAAUUUGGCUCAAUAUAUUACUACUUGAAAGCAACCAUCGAUAUGGCAUUGGCGUUUAAUUAUAAAGACAAAAUCACUCUUCGUGUUACUGUUCCUGUAGACUUUAAUUUGAUUCGACAUCGAUUACAAUUGAGUCCAGUAAUUUAUCAAAACGAAAAAACGCUGUGCUGCUGGUGCUGCACAAGUGAACCGAUAACUCUGAGUUUAUUUGUUGAAAAGGAAGCAUUCACUUUAGGUGAAAUAGCUAAUGUUAUUGUGGAAAUUAUUAAUAUGUCCAAUACGAACGUUGAGGAAUUUAAUCUUUCACUAAUAAGGAUAACGGAAUAUUUGGCAGAAAAAGAUGGAGGCAAGCAUAUUAAAGUUAAAGAACGUCUUACUAAUGAAACAGUUUCAGGAGUUGGAGCACACGGACAAAGGACUUACCGGAUAGACUUUCUAAUUCCUCAGACGGUCCCGGUGUACAAUUUUACCUCUUGUUGCCUAAUCAAGCAGUAUUUCAUUAUUGCCGCUGAAGCUACACUACCAGCGCUCCAUCAAAACUUUUCUGCCUAUUCUACCAUUGAACUUGGACAUAUUCCUUUGAUGGAUACGCAUAGUUUUCAGGCAGCUUAUGUGGGAAUUGAAGGUAGAACUCUUCGUGAGUUGGAAGUUCCUCCUCCGAGGUAUAGUUCGCUGUCACUUUGUGAUAUUGCAGAAAAUGACGAUGAAGAUAAUUCAGAAGAAAAUGUCGAUGAAGAAAAUACAUAGCAGUUCGUUUUCUAUAGCUCAAACUGUCGUAUUUAUGAUUCAACGUGAAUUUUUCAAAAUUAAAAUGUUACAAAUGUAAAUUCAAACUAUGUCAAAUUAUUACUUUUUGUAGUUCGAAAACUUAACCCAUAUUCGACACUUAAAUUUGUGCGAUAAAGAAAGCAAUAUGAUAUUUACCCUAUCUACACCAAAUCGAACAGCCAUGUUGCCGCUUUCCAUUUAUUUUGAACUACAUUUAUGUAAAUGACAGGUAUAAUUUCACACUGUGGCAACUUUUAUGUCAUUUAGCGGGGUCAGGUAUUAUUUUAGUGUCGUAUAUCUGGGUUAUAAUGCUUUUAAUACCCCAAUAGAAGUUUCAAUUAUUUUUACUAAACUUAGAUCACGGUGAAUGACAAUUAUUAUAGGUGUUUCAACUUCCCAAAAAUCCCAUAUAAAAAUAAAAGACGAUAUGGCACGAAACACAACGUAGUACCAAAAAAUCCACCAGAGGUUGUUGUUAUUUUAAGUAAUGCUUUUUUCAUCUUUGUCGAGGUCUAAUUAUUUUAGUCUAGUCUAAUUUAGAUAUCAAAAGUAGAAGUGAACGAUGUAGAAAUAAAAUAAUAAAUUGCUGUUAUAGGCUUUUAUAACAUUUUAUAGAUAAAGAAAAGAAACGAAUAAAGGUACAUAUUUUAAAUUUUUUAAGUGCGUAUGUCUGUAC